UACUCUGUCUGGAAACCCCAUGCCUCAGCUUUCCCCUACUUGCCUCUGAGCUCAUGCAAUUCUUGGAAGCCUGGGAGACUUACCUUGAAAUUGAAUGCAAAUAGGACAAAGACCAAGGAGGAUGGGGGGAUGCCCUCCUUCCACGGGGCCCUGUGGCUUCCAAGUCUUAAUCUCCUCUAGUCUCUUGUCUACGGAGCCUCCUUCAAACCCAGGGAAAGAAAAGCACCUGCCAGGGUUGUUUUUCUUCUAGGAUCUUCUAUUGAUGCUCUGUGAGGUCCCCCAGGAGCCAUGAAGCUAGGGCUGGCUCCUAGGGCAAUGGGACUCCAGUGUCCUUGUCCUUUCUUAUUCUUUCUGUUCUUUCUUUCUUUCCUUUUUUUUUUUUUUUUUUUUUUUUUUUUGAGACAGAGUCUCACUCUGUUGCCCAGGCUGGAGUGCAGUGGUGUGAUCUUGGCUCACUGAAACCUCCGCCUCCUGGGUUCAAGUGAUUCUCUUGCCUCAGCCUCCUGAGUAGCUAGGAUUACAGGUGCCUGCCAUCAUGCCCAGCUAAUUUUUGUAUUUUUAGUAGAGACAGGGUUUCACCAUGUUGGCCAGCUUGGUCUCGAACUCCUGACCUCAGGUGAUCCUGCUGCAUCGACCUCUCAAAGUACUGGGAUUACAGGCGUGAGCCACCACGCUCAGCCUCUUUCUUGUUCUAUAUGUCCAUGCUCUGCUCCACUUCUGCCCCUUCACUCUGCCCCCACACAUCACUCCAGACUGGCCUUGUGGUCAGAGCCUGGAAUGCCUGGGCUGCUGGGGGCCUGUGGACUGCACUGGGCCAGAACCCCUGCCGCCUUCAAGACUGGCCUGUAGCCAGCAGGAACAUGGAGCUGAUCCAGGACACCUCCUGCCCACCACUGGAGUACGUGAAGGGGGUCCCGCUCAUCAAGUACUUUGCAGAGGCACUGGGGCCCCUGCAGAGCUUCCAAGCCCGACCUGAUGACCUGCUCAUCAACACCUACCCCAAGUCUGGCACCACCUGGGUGAGCCAGAUACUGGACAUGAUCUACCAGGGCGGCAACCUAGAGAAGUGUAACCGGGCUCCCAUCUACGUACGGGUGCCCUUCCUUGAGGUCAAUGAUCCAGGGGAACCCUCAGGGCUGGAGACUCUGAAAGACACACCGCCCCCACGGCUCAUCAAGUCACACCUGCCCCUGGCUCUGCUCCCUCAGACUCUGUUGGAUCAGAAGGUCAAGGUGGUCUAUGUUGCCCGAAACCCAAAGGACGUGGCGGUCUCCUACUACCACUUCCACCGUAUGGAAAAGGCGCACCCUGAGCCUGGGACCUGGGACAGCUUCCUGGAAAAGUUCAUGGCUGGAGAAGUGUCCUACGGGUCCUGGUACCAGCACGUGCAGGAGUGGUGGGAGCUGAGCCGCACCCACCCUGUUCUCUACCUCUUCUAUGAAGACAUGAAGGAGAACCCCAAAAGGGAGAUUCAAAAGAUCCUGGAGUUUGUGGGGCGCUCCCUGCCAGAGGAGACCGUGGACUUCAUGGUUCAGCACACGUCGUUCAAGGAGAUGAAGAAGAACCCUAUGACCAACUACACCACCGUCCCCCAGGAUCUUAUGGACCACAGCAUCUCCCCCUUCAUGAGGAAAGGCAUGGCUGGGGACUGGAAGACCACCUUCACCGUGGCGCAGAAUGAGCGCUUCGAUGCGGACUAUGCGGAGAAGAUGGCAGGCUGCAGUCUCAGCUUCCGCUCUGAGCUGUGAGAGGGGCUCCUGGGGUCACUGCAGAGGGAGUGUGCGAAUCUACCCUGACCAAUGGGCUCAAGAAUAAAGUAUGAUUUUUGAGUCAGGCACAGUGGCUCAUGUCUGCAAUCCCAGCGAUUUGGGAGGUUGAGCUGGUAGGAUCACAAUAGGCCACGAAUUUGAGACCAGCCUGGUAAAAUAGUGAGACCUCAUCUCUACAAAGAUGUAAAAAAAUUAGCCACAUGUGCUGGCACUUACCUGUAGUCCCAGCUACUUGGGAAGCAGAGGCUGGAGGAUCAUUUCAGCCCAGGAGGUUGUGGAUACAGUGAGUUAUGACAUGCCCAUUCACUACAGCCUGGAUGACAAGCAAGACCCUCCCUCCAAAGAAAAUAAAGCUCAAUUAAAAUAAAAUA